AUUUGAGACUCAGCCAGGGCUUUUUUUUAUUUAUGAAAGAUUACAAUUAGCGUUAGCAAGACAUUAGCAUUGUAAAUUCAAAGAAGUUUAAGUCGAAGUCUGACUUAGAGACUGAAAUAAAAACUUCCGAGAGCGGUGAAAGACCGGGCAUGAUAGUUGCAGCAGACCGGUCCGUCUCGAUUAACCCGUGGGAUUUGGGAAGACAUGGCUGCACGACCGCUUUCUUAUGACAGCAACUCGAGUGACACGGAGAACUGCGAGCAGAGAUCCAGUUCUCGACCUCGCCGCGUUUACCGGCACACCGGCACUGGCAGUCGGCUGCGAGGCUCUCAGCCGCACGGCGAGGUGGCGAGGAUGAGCGUACUCGGGGCCGAGCACUGCAGGGAGAGACGUCGCUCCGGAGAUCGCUCCAGGGAUUCCUCUCACGAACGGGUCGAGGGCCAGCUCACGCCCUGCAUCAGGAACAUCACCUCACCCACACGUCAGCAGCUCAGCGAUCGAGAGAGAGAAGCAGGAUCUUGGUCGAGGUCGGCGAGUCCCAGGCCUCAGAAAGGCUCGAGUUCCUUCUGCGCAGAUCCCCACGGUAAAGCUCACGGCUCGGACAUGAUUUACGUGUACGAAAACGUGAAGGACGGCUCUCGGAGCGUGAGGACGUCGGAGAGGGUGACCCUCAUCGUGGAUAACACACGCUUCGUGGUGGACCCUGCCGUCUUCACCGCUCAGCCCAACACCAUGCUCGGCAGGAUGUUCGGAGCUGGAAGGGAAUACAACUUCACCCGGCCCAAUGAGAAGGGCGAGUACGAGGUGGCUGAGGGCAUCAGCUCCACCGUUUUCAGAGCCAUCCUGGAUUAUUACAAAUCAGGGAUAAUCCGCUGCCCUGAUGGGAUCUCAAUUCCCGAACUGAGGGAAGCAUGUGACUACCUCUGCAUCUCCUUCGACUACAGCACCAUCAAGUGCAGGGAUCUGAGCGCGCUGAUGCACGAGCUGUCUAACGACGGGGCACGGCGGCAGUUCGAGUCGUACCUGGAGGAGAUGGUGCUGCCGCUGAUGGUGGCCAGCGCUCAGAGCGGAGAGAGGGAGUGUCACGUGGUGGUGCUCACCGACGACGACGUGGUGGACUGGGACGAAGAGUAUCCGCCUCAGAUGGGCGAGGAGUACUCUCAGAUUAUCUACAGCACAAAACUGUAUCGGUUCUUUAAAUACAUCGAGAAUCGGGACGUCGCCAAGUCGGUUUUAAAAGAGAGAGGCCUGAAGAAGAUCCGAUUAGGCAUCGAAGGUUAUCCUACCUACAAGGAGAAAGUGAAGAAGCGUCCGGGCGGCCGACCCGAGGUCAUCUAUAACUACGUUCAGAGGCCUUUCAUCCGCAUGUCCUGGGAGAAAGAGGAAGGAAAGAGCCGCCACGUGGACUUCCAGUGCGUGAAGAGCAAAUCCAUCAGCAACCUGGCGGCGGCGGCGGCAGACACGCCUCACGACCAGCUGGUGGCUCUGCACGCCGGGCCUCAGGUGGACGAACUGGACAUCCUGCCAGACCACCAACAUCACCCUGAUCCGGACGCUCCGGCUCCGUGAAUCGCAGAAACACAAGCGUCGCCUGGAUGCACCGUCUGAGUCCACGCAACACGCAGCCAAACCCACGAUGCCUUUCCGAGCCCUUCCCUGCCUUAAGAGACCUGUGUGCUGAGCGCUGCACACUUCACAGCAGUAUAAACCACCCAGGCAGCGUUCAAAUGGGGACGGACAAAAACAAAAGCGCGACGAUGACGUAACGUAGCCUGCAAAUACCCCGUUCUUCAUAGGUGUAUUAGAGCCCUGACACACCAAGCCUACAACACAACGUUAGACAAAUCAGAAACUCAGUAGCGCCAAUUAAAACUUCCUUCGUGCUUCCCGGAAACCUAAUUAUCUAAUGCGAUGUAACCUAAUAACAGAUGAGGUAGUUAGAUCACUAGUGCUUCAAUAACAUUAAUAUAGAUUUGGGGGGGGUUUAAAGUUGUCUAUUAAAACCCGUGAACCCUCUAACUAGGAAGAAAACGAAGCCAAACUCGGAAUUUCUCAGGACCGUCUCCUAAACGACGAGUUUAGCAAGUGGUAAAAGCUUCCAGUAAACAGAGUAGCACCGCUUCGUAUACUAUUGCACUGCGUGUAUCUAUCGAGCCUGUACUGUGGCUCUGAUGUACUAUUUAACAUGUAGGCUCGUACAUCAAGCUGGCCCGAGUAAACCGUCUGCUCAGUGAGUUUUUUUUUUUUUUUUUAAAAUGACUCUUUUCUCCUUCGCUCACAGACCGCUCCGUCUUCCACCAGCCUCGGCUCACCGAAACGGCACGAAAACAGUCGGCUUGGUGUGUCACAGCUCAAGGACCCGAGAAACGAUGCAAGCACACGAGCAAAAAGCCUCGAAUCGUUAAUCAUUAGACGUCGAGCGCAGCACAAUCUGUCUCCUCCAACCGUUUCAGCAGGUCUAAUCUCUCACACACACACACACAGGCUUUUUUGUGGUACGAGUGUGGUCCAAGUGGUCACACACCUUCCUUCUGUUGUCCAUCUGGUGAAGGGAACUAAAGAGCGGUUCUUUACCAGAGCUGGAUUAGAUUAGAGCUGCGCUUGCCCUUCCGCUGUAUCCGAGGUCUUCGGAUUGAAAUUCAAUAGACGAGCUGACUUUAAAAGGCGUGUCUCCAGUUUAGUGAUCGAUCGAAAGGGUUAAAAAAAAAAUAUAUAAAAAUAUAUAAAAAUAAAUAAAUAAAUAAAAAAGCCCUGAGCCACUACUGAUGAGCCUCACACAGCUUCUCAGUCAAAUGUGAAACCGUACACGUGAUGUCACAACCUUCAACUUUUCUUAUGUUCUUUUUUUUUUGUGUGUGUCUGUUUUUUUUAAAGCAGCAGGGCGACGCCACUCGGUUUCGAGUUUCAAACUCUACCUUGUUUUUUAGCUCGAUGUGUAUUUUAAUAAAAAGUAUCCUAUUGCUGUG